GAAUACUCGGAUGCCCUUUAUAUCCAUGCUGUGUCCAUGCCGAACCCAUCCAUUCAUCGAGUCGUUCAACGUUGAUCUAUAAUGUGUACAUGCCGAGGUUGAAAUUGUUUGAUGAUGCAGUUGCCUUGGGGUUUAAGGUAUAUAAAUACCAGCCGUUUCCCUACUUGAAUCAUCCAAAUAUCCCAGAUCAAAUAGAGUAAGAAUGGAAGCAGCACGACAACUUUUGAGCGCUCGUGGGCCCAUUGGCCUCCCUGGCCUCCUUGGCCUCCUCGUCCUAUUCGUAGGCGCCUAUGUUUUCUAUGAAUGCUUCUUUUCACCCAUAGCUCGAGUCCCGGGUCCAUUCAUCGCCAAGGUCACUUCACUGUAUUAUCCAUACCUCUCCAGGAGAGGGCACGUCCACCGUGACCUCGUUGAACUACAUAAGAAGUACGGCAACGUGGUCCGUAUUGGCCCGAACACAAUAAGUGUUGGGGAACCCAUGGCAUUUCGAGAAAUAUACAAAGCGGGGAACAAGUUCUAUAAAUCCCAAUCAUACUCUGUACUCCAAGGCACGCGACCGUUCGAUCUUGCCGGCCAGAGAAACGAGAAGAUCCAUUCGGAACAGCGUAAACUAGUGGCCCGCUCUUAUUCUAUGGACUCUGUGGUUUAUCUCGAACCUCAUGUCGACACGGUUAUCAACGCACUAGUAACCCGGUUGAAAGGGUUUUACGGUGAACCAAUCGAUUUGGGAUAUUGGAUGCAAUUAUUUGCCUUCGAUGUCAUUGGAGCUAUAAGCUUUUCGCGACCAUUCGGGUAUGUCGAGGUCGGCGAAGACAACGGGCUUUUCCUUAGAUUACAACGAGCAUUGCGAUCUCUCGGAUGGGUCAAACAUGCUCCUCGGCUAUAUAGAUGGCACCAAACGCUCAUGCCAAUUAUCGGAAACUGGUUAGCUAGUAAUGAUCGCAAUACGUACUUUUUCGAGUUUGCCACCAAGGAAGUCCAGGCGCGCACGGAUAGGGACGGGGACUACAAGGAUAUCGUCAGCCAACUCCUCUCGGUACAGAAGGCGAAGCCUGAGCUAAACGACACGAAUAUCGCCUUCAUGAUGACUACCAACGUUUUUGCCGGGUCUGACACGACAUCAACAACAUUGAGAGCAAUAGUUUACUUGCUUUUGAAGCAUCCCGGAAAGUACAGACGUCUGAUGGAUGAGCUAGAGAGCAAGAGACGGAAGGGAGAGUUGAGUCUUCCCAUAACUUUCAAACAGGCAGAGUCAUGCCCAUAUCUCCAGGCCGUGCUAUACGAGGCAAUGCGUCUAUACCCAGCGGCUGGCGAUAUUCUCGACAGGGAUGUGCCUCCAGGUGGCAUGACAAUCGACGGGCAUUAUGUGCCGGCUGGCACGGUGGUUGGGACUAGCGCUUGGGUUAUUCAUCGAACACCAGAAAUCUGGGGAACAGAUGCCGAAGAGUUUUGCCCGGAGAGGUGGUUGGACGAAAAGAACGAGAGCAACUUCAAGCGGUUUUUCUUUGCAUUUGGAGGCGGUUCUCGAACAUGCAUUGGUAGAAACAUCACUUGGUUGGAAAUCAGCAAGCUUGUUCCCACCCUUGUGAUGCACUUCAACAUGAGGCUAGCUGAUAAAGCAGAAUUGACGGAAGAUUGCGGUACUCUGGUGUUUCUCAGUGGCUUGCAGGUUCAUAUCUCACCGAGAGAACUUGACCAGAAAGUUCUCAGCUAGGUGGCACCCGCCAUAAUGGCCACAAGGCUGCAAACGAGAAAUCAGCAUGGGAUGGGAACAUAUUCAUCGGUGUAAGAGAGGAUCUCGUCAUUGUGCGGGGGGAAGGGGGCGGACGCUGUCGGUUGCUGGCGGGUAUUCAGGGCGCAAGGAAAAUUAUCUGAGAUAUUUCAAAUUGUGAAUGUUCUGGUAUUUAUAAAGUAUGCAUAUUAUUAUCUAUGGACGUGUCGUCUUAAGCUGGAAGACGUUUCCUACCUCAGUAAGAAAAUUAGGUAGCAAUUAUCACGGAAUUGGUAUCUUA